AUGUCUCAAAUACUACCUGAUACAAAUACUCCUAUUCAAACUCCAUCAUCUGAAUCAUUUAAUAAUCAUCUUGAUAAUAAUAAUAAUAAUAAUAAUAAUAUUGAUCAUAAUCUUGAAGAUAUUAAUAAUAAGAAUAAUAAAGAAAAUAACUUAUUAAAUAAUAAAAAUCAUAUAAAUGAAGAUGAAAAUAUUGAUACAUUAUUACAACAAAAACAACAACAAUCUCAUGAACCUUUAUCACCACCAAAUCCAACUCCAACUCCUGAAAAAAGAAAAUUAGAAAUUGAUGAUGACGAAUUAAAUAAUCAAGAUAAUAAUAAGGAUAAUGAUGAAGAAGAAUCACCAACUAAAAAACAAAAAACAGAAGAAAGUAAUAAUGAUAAUAAUGAUGAUCAUAGUACAUCAGAUGGCAAUGGAAAUAUAGAUAAUGAAUCCAAUAAGGAUAUACUAAAUGAAGAAAAAAAUGAUAAUGAAGAAAUUAAUAACAAUAACAACAGCAAAGAGGAGAACGUCCAAAAUCCUAAUGAAGAACCAAUUAAUGAAACAUCACAAACCUCAAACCAACAAUCAACAACUACUGUAAAUAAUGAUAUAAUUAAAGAUGAAAAUGACACAACAAAAGAGCCAGAGUCUUCCUCAUCUACUACAACAACAACAACUACCAAUGCCACUACACAAUCAUCUGAUCAACCACCCACCACAACAAAGGAAUUACCUAAAAUUCCAGCACCAAAACCACCAGCAGAACCAGAUAUGAAUAAUUUACCUUCAAAUCCAAUGCCACAACAUCAACAAAAAUUUGCAUUAAAUACUUUAAAAAAUAUAAAACGUUUAAAAGAUGCUGUACCAUUUUUAUUACCUGUUGAUAUUGUUAAAUUAAAUAUUCCAUUUUAUUAUAAUUAUAUUCAAAGACCAAUGGAUUUAUCAACUUUAGAAAAAAAAUUACAUGCUUCUGCUUAUAGUGAACUUUCUGAAUUUACUGAUGAUUUUAAUUUAAUGGUUAAUAAUUGUAUAAAAUUUAAUGGUGAACAAGCUGGUAUAUCAAGAAUGGCAAAAAAUAUUCAAGCAUAUUUUGAAAAACAUAUGAUGAAUUCUCCUUCAAAAGAUUUACCAUUAACUCAAUCAGUAUCACCAGAAUCAUCAAAAAGAAAAAUUAUUGAUUCAGUUGCUUCUUCAAGACCAAAAAGAAAAAUACAACCACCAAAACCAAAAGAACUUCAAUAUGAAAAAACUACUAAAAAAGAUCCAAUAAUGAGAUAUGCUAAUGAAUGUAUAAAAUCAUUGAAUUCUCAAAGAUAUAAAGAUUUAAAUUGGGUAUUUUUAGAUCCUGUUGAUACUCAAUUAUUUCCAACUUAUUCACAAAUUAUUAAAAAACCAAUGGAUUUAGGUAAAGUUCAAUUAAAAUUAAAUAAUAAUGAAUAUAAUAAUCCUGAAGAAUUUGAAGCUGAUGUUAAAUUAGUUUUCCAAAAUUGUUAUAAAUUUAAUCCUGAAGGAACUGAUGUUAAUAUGAUGGGUCAUAGAUUAGAAUCAAUUUUUGAUGAAAAAUGGGCAAAUAAACCUCAACCUCAAGUUGAAGAAGAAAUUGAAGAAGUUUAUAGUUCUGAAGAAGAAGAAGAAGAAGAAAUUAAUGAAAGUAUGUUAUCAGAUAUUCCAGCAAUUCAAUUUUUAGAAAAUCAAUUGACACGUAUGAAAAAGGAAUUAGAUGAAUUAAAAGCUCAACAUUUGAAAAAAUUAAAAGAUCAACAAGCAGCAAGAAGAAAUAAAAAGAAGAAAAAUUCAAAAAAGUCAAAUUCAAAAUCUAAAAGAUCAAAAGAACCAACUCAACAACCAGUUAAAUUUACACCACCACAACCAGUCGUUACAUAUGAAAUGAAAAAACAAGUUUCAGAAAUGGUACCAAAUUUAUCUGAGAAAAAAUUAAAUUCAUUUAUUAAAAUUAUUCAAGAUGAUGUACAAAUAAAUAAUGAAGAUGAAGUUGAAUUAGAUAUGGAUCAAUUAGGUGAUUCAACAGUAUUAAAAUUAUAUGAAUUUUUAUUUGGUGAAAAAGCAACUCAAAAAUCAGUAAAUAAAAAGAAAAAACCAAUUGAUGGUGGAGUUGAUGAAAUGGCACAUUUACGUUAUCAACUAGCAUUAUUUGAUGAAGGUAAUCAACAAUUAAAUAAUAUAGCUCAUGAAUCUGAACUGGAUGCUUCUGAUGAAUCAAGUUCAGAAGAAGAAUAA